AUGCGGGCGCUACGGCUGGUUGCAGCAAGAAAGAAGGACAAAUCGUGUGAUGAUCGCAAGGAGGACUUUUGCGAUUGUCACCGUGGUACCGAUACCUCCCCCCACGCAGACGUUCUCUUUACCAACCUUUUGGCCUCACAGGCUACAGCUGCUGGCCUACUGCGCUACGAACCAGGAAGCUUGGGCCUGGUUGUGCUGCUGGAGUUGAAGACUUUCCGCACCCCUCUUUUCCACCUGGAAUCAGCUGGCGCGCUGAACCCUGCCCACGACUCGACCAUUCCCGCGGCAACAGCACAAAGAUUAAUUGAGCCUUUCUGCCACACCCGCAGCGGUGCACGUCAUAGGCUGGCGCACACCGACCGCUCACCUCCGCCCCUCACCAUGGUGUACCUACCGUAUGGCCCAUUCGAAGCGCCGACGAAUUGGAAUGUCGUAUCUGUACAGCAUCGGGAUCUAUCGCAGUUUCGCUCAGUUGCUGGAAAGGACUAG